GCGGCUGCGGUGGCGGCAGCCGAGGCGAGCGGGGCGGGGGCGCGGGCGCGGCGCUCGGAGUCCGUUCGGGGCCGGAGGCGGCCGGGGCCGGGCCCGGGAGGCGCGAGGAGCGCGGGUAGCGCCGCCGGAGCCCGCCGCCCGGGACAUGGCUAAGGCGGGCCGUGCAGGUGGCCCUCCCCCGGGCGGCGGUGCCCCCUGGCACCUUCGAAAUGUCCUCAGCGACUCCGUGGAGAGCUCAGAUGAUGAAUUCUUUGAUGCCAGAGAGGAGAUGGCUGAAGGGAAGAAUGCCAUCCUCAUUGGGAUGAGCCAGUGGAACUCCAAUGACCUUGUGGAGCAGAUCGAGACCAUGGGGAAACUGGACGAGCAUCAAGGAGAAGGGACCGCGCCGUGCACAUCCAGCAUCCUCCAGGAGAAGCAGCGAGAACUGUACCGGGUUUCCUUGAGAAGACAGAGGUUCCCGGCCCAGGGAAGCAUCGAGAUCCACGAAGACAGCGAGGAAGGCUGCCCGCAGCGCUCCUGCAAGACGCAUGUCCUCCUGCUGGUCCUGCACGGGGGAAACAUCCUGGACACGGGUGCCGGGGACCCGUCCUGCAAGGCAGCCGACAUCCACACCUUCAGCUCCGUGCUGGAGAAGGUCACACGAGCCCACUUCCCUGCUGCCCUGGGCCACAUCCUCAUCAAGUUCGUCCCCUGUCCUGCCAUCUGCUCUGAGGCUUUCUCGCUCGUCUCUCACCUGAACCCCUACAGCCACGAUGAGGGCUGCCUCAGCAGCAGCCAGGACCACGUCCCUCUGGCCGCCCUUCCCCUGUUGGCCAUCUCCUCCCCGCAGUACCAGGACGCUGUCGCCACCGUCAUCGAGCGAGCCAACCAGGUCUACAGAGAGUUCCUGAAGUCCUCCGAUGGGAUCGGCUUCAGUGGGCAGGUAUGUCUCAUCGGGGACUGUGUAGGGGGCCUCCUGGCCUUCGAUGCCAUCUGCUACAGUGCAGGGCCCUCAGGGGACAGCCCUGCCAGCAGCAGCCGGAAGGGGAGCAUCAGCAGCACCCAGGACACCCCAGUUGCGGUGGAGGAAGAUUGCAGCCUGGCCAGCAGCAAGCGUCUCAGCAAAAGCAACAUUGACAUCUCCAGUGGGUUGGAGGAUGAGGAGCCCAAGAGGCCGUUGCCACGGAAACAGAGCGACUCCUCCACCUAUGACUGCCAGGCCAUCACCCAGCAUCAUGCCUUCCUCUCAAGCAUCCACUCCAGCGUGCUAAAGGAUGAGUCUGAGACCCCGGCGGCGGCGGCAGGGCCACAGCUCCCCGAGGUCAGCCUGGGCCGCUUUGACUUCGAUGUGUCCGACUUCUUCCUCUUUGGCUCGCCACUGGGCCUGGUCCUGGCCAUGCGGAGGACGGUGCUGCCUGGGCUGGACGGCUUCCAGGUGCGUCCUGCCUGCAGCCAGGUCUACAGCUUCUUCCAUUGCGCAGACCCCUCUGCCUCACGGCUUGAGCCACUGCUGGAGCCUAAGUUCCACCUGGUGCCGCCUGUCAGCGUGCCUCGCUACCAGAGGUUCCCACUGGGCGAUGGGCAGUCCCUCCUCCUCGCUGAUGCCCUACACACGCACAGCCCCCUCUUCCUGGAGGGCGGCUCCCGGGACAGCCCGCCACUUCCGGAUGCCCCUGCCUCGCCCCGCCAGGCCUUGAGGUUCCGGCGCCCAGGACGGAGGAUGAGCGAGGGAAGUUCCCACAGCGAAAGCUCGGAGUCCUCGGACAGCAUGGCGCCCAUGGGGGCCUCCCGCAUCACAGCCAAGUGGUGGGGAAGCAAGAGGAUCGACUACGCCCUGUACUGCCCUGAUGUCCUCACGGCCUUCCCCACCGUGGCCCUGCCCCACCUCUUCCACGCCAGCUACUGGGAGUCCACGGACGUGGUGGCCUUCAUCCUGAGACAGGUGAUGCGCUACGAGAGCGUGAACAUCAAGGAGAGCGCCCGCCUGGACCCCGCAGCGCUGAGCCCCGCCAACCCUCGGGAGAAGUGGCUUCGUAAGCGGACUCAGGUCAAGCUGAGGAAUGUCACGGCUAAUCACCGGGCCAACGAUGUGAUUGCUGCUGAAGAUGGCCCCCAGGUCCUGGUGGGGCGGUUCAUGUACGGUCCCCUCGACAUGGUGGCUCUGACUGGAGAGAAGGUGGACAUCCUGGUAAUGGCAGAGCCGUCCUCAGGCCGCUGGGUACACCUGGACACAGAGAUCACGAACAGUAGCGGUCGAAUCACAUACAACGUGCCACGGCCCCGGCGCCUGGGGGUCGGUGUCUAUCCUGUGAAGAUGGUCGUCAGGGGCGACCAGACCUGUGCCAUGAGCUACCUCACGGUGUUGCCCCGGGGCAUGGAGUGUGUCGUGUUCAGCAUUGACGGGUCCUUUGCGGCCAGCGUGUCUAUCAUGGGAAGCGACCCCAAGGUCCGGCCGGGUGCAGUGGACGUUGUCCGGCACUGGCAGGACCUGGGCUACAUGAUCCUUUACAUCACGGGGCGGCCGGACAUGCAGAAGCAGCGGGUGGUGUCAUGGCUGUCCCAGCACAACUUCCCACAGGGCAUGAUCUUCUUCUCGGACGGGCUGGUGCACGACCCGCUGCGGCAGAAGGCCAUCUUCCUGCGCAACCUCAUGCAGGAGUGCUUCAUCAAAAUCAGUGCGGCCUACGGCUCCACAAAGGACAUCUCUGUCUACAGCGUGCUGGGCCUGCCCGCCUCCCAGAUCUUCAUUGUGGGCAGGUCCACCAAGAAGUACCAAACCCAGUGCCAGUUCCUGAGCGAGGGCUACGCUGCACACCUGGCCGCGCUGGAGGCCAGCCACCGCUCACGCCCAAAGAAGAACAACUCGCGCAUGAUCCUGCGCAAGGGCAGCUUCGGGCUGCACGCACAGCCGGAGUUCCUGCGGAAGCGCAACCACCUGCGCAGAACCAUGUCGGUGCAGCAGCCCGACCCGCCCGCCGUCAACCCCAAGCCCGAGCGGGCCCAGAGCCAGCCCGAGUCCGACAAGGACCACGAGCGGCCGCUGCCCGCGCUCAGCUGGGCACGUGGGCCCCCCAAGUUCGAGUCGGUGCCCUGAGGGGUGGGCUGUGCUCAGAGCAGGGGUGGGGGGCCCAAUCAGGCUGCCUGCAGGGACGGGAGGGGGCUGCCCUCUCCCCGACACAGGCGUUUUCCUGCUUUUUCCCUCCCGUGUCUGUCCAGCAGUGUCCGACCAGAGCGGGGAGGGAUCCUGCCCGACCCCGGGGGGGCUCCCUGAGCUGCCACAAGGUGAGAUCCGGGGGUCUCGGUGCAGCCGCUGCUGCCUCCCACGUGCCUGCGACUGCAAGCCCAAGUCAGGGUUCAUGUUUGUGUCAUCCUGGGGGCAGGCUUGCCCGGAGCUGGAGCGUUUGGGCAAACUCGACCACCCUCCUGCGUCCCCAGGCUUCACAGCGAGCUAGGCAGGCCCUCAAGGGGGCAGCCCCAGCCUCGGGACCAAACGCCGCUGGCAGGCACAGCCUCUCGACUGUCUUGUGGAGGCGUGAGUGGCAUUUGUGCCCGCCCUCCCUGUGGUCCUGGAUCACCAUUU